CCUGUAUUUCACAUGGGGCAAGCGGGAGUUCGCAUCCACUUGCGUAAACGCUGCUGCUGCUGAGUGGUGGUUGACAGUCUCAGGCGACAAGAGGAAAACAAGACGGUGUUUUGUGUCUCCUUCUUCUUCUUCUCUUUUUUUGCUAAAGGCGUAUCACUGGUGGAUGCCACCAUGAAGCAGAAAACAUAAGUUGAGCACUCAUAAGGACGCUGCCACUUGUACUUUGCUGAAGAUAUUCAUCGGUGGGAUGAAGAAUUAAAGUCUUAUAGAGUUUGUGCCAACAUGUCUAAACCAAUGGAUCACGUCAAACGCCCGAUGAAUGCUUUCAUGGUUUGGUCCAGAGCCCAGCGCAGAAAAAUGGCUCAGGAGAACCCGAAAAUGCACAACUCCGAGAUCAGCAAGAGAUUAGGAGCGGAGUGGAAACUUCUCACCGAGUCUGAGAAGAGGCCAUUCAUCGACGAAGCCAAACGACUGCGAGCGAUGCACAUGAAGGAACACCCAGACUAUAAAUACAGACCGAGGCGGAAGCCCAAGACUCUGAUGAAGAAAGAUAAGUUUUCUUUCCCUGUGCCAUACAAUCUCGGGGAGCACGACGCGCUCAAAGUUAACGGGCUUUCCGCUGGAGCACUUUCCGAGUCCAUCAUUGGGAACCCUGAUAAGGCUGCAGCGGCUGCGGCGGCCGCAGCGGCGAGGGUAUUCUUCAACCCGUCCAUGUCUGCGAACCCCUAUUCUUUUUUCGACCUGGGAUCCAAGAUGACUGAGCUUUCCCCACCUUCGUUUCCGUACGCGUCUCCGUUGGGCUACCCGCCGGGAGGCGCCACGGCGUUCACCGGGACUGGCAGUGUCACUGGCGGGACGCACACCCACACUCACUCACAUCCGUCCCCGGGAAACCCAGGCUACAUGAUCCCUUGUAACUGUACGGGCUGGCCCUCAGCAGGACUCCAGCCGCCCUUAGCAUACAUCCUCCUCCCCGGGAUGGGAAAACCUCAACUUGAACCGUACCCUGCAUACGCUGCAGCGUUAUGAUAAGGCCCGCUUUGGACUCCUGAGCAACACACAAACUGUGAAAACAAAAAACAAACAAACAAGAAAAAAAAGCUAUUCAUGCAAGAGUUUUAUUAUGCAUGCACAAACUUGUACAUGUGAUGAAGUGCUCGUCGUCUCAGAUAUCACAUGUGUAUGUAUAUUGAUAAAUGCCUUUAUCUAAGGUAAUGCUUAUUUAGAGAACUCUCUAAUCUAUUAUUACCCAGCCAUCACCUCUCACAGCCCAGAGGCAGAAGGACUACAGGAUGGCAGAGAUGCACACAUGAGAGGAAAAGGGUAUCAAUUUGUGAAGAAAAAAAAAACAUUUUGAAAAGGUAUUUCUAUCUUUUGCAAGUUGCACCUGCUUUGACUAUAACCUGUUGGAAUCAAGGGCAGCACAUUAAUCACAGGAUCUCCUCUCUGAUCACUUGUUGUAGGCUAAAUGGGUUGUAAUUCACGGAUCAAGGAGGAUCUCUCACAACAUCCCCCCCCCCUCUCUCUCUUGAAUGACUGUAAAUGUGUACAGAUACAAAUGACUCUAGUUUAUUUGCCGUUAUAGGCUUAGUGUUUGAGAUAGGGCCAGGAUCCUACAGGACGCAUUUUCACUAAGAGAUGCGGUGUAUAUUUUGAGUUUUUAAACCGUUUUAUAGAUGUCUGUAAUAUUUAUUGUUUAGUGGAAUCUAUGGUGACCCCCAGACAAUUUUAAAAAGGACACGACUAGUUCUGUGAUAUUUGCACAUGAAACGUAGAGGAUGUAAUUUAUUUUCAAGGUGGUUUGAUUCAUCAAACCUGUUUUUUCCUCCUCUCCAAACAGUAAAAAAAAAAAAAAAAUUAAACACAAGUGGAAGUUUAUUCAAGGAGUUCCCUGAUCCCUCACCCUCCCACUCCUCGUAUCAUGUGCAGCAGAAAAAAACCUUUUUAACUAACUCUUAUGGAAUUUGUAUGUUUUGUGUUUUCUUUAACCUCCGUUAUGUACUUCAACCUAUUGCUACUGUUCAACUUGUUGAGCGAAAAAGGACUACAAUAAAGCGUAUUCGGAUUAAACGGAAGGGGAAUCGCGGGCUGUAGUUCUUGAUGAGAUGAACAAGAUUGUUAUCUUUUCCUUUUUCCUGCUCCUGCUCCUCAGUCCAGGUGAAGUGUAAGGUAUCCUCCAAAGGCCGCUUUUGUCCGCGCUUUCAAUGGCAUUACUAAGGGGGGGAAUCUAAAUCAGCCCAUUGUAAUCAAGAGCCAAAACCUUAUUUAUCACAAUUUUAAUCGUGAAUAGGAGGGAAGAUAAAACUGUGUGCUACUCUGAGCUUUCUUUUCCCAUGCAGGAACACACACAAAAAAAGGGACACACAGAAAGAGAGGGGUGCUUUUAAGCUGCAGAACAAGCUCGUCUUUGAGGCUUUAAAACAACCUGAGCUGAGUGUGUGUGUGUGUGAGUGUGUGUGCAGGACUGAAAAGGAAAAACACAUUUAAUAUGAAUUAAAAGGGACACGCUCUUUAUAAAAAGCAUGCAUGAUCACCUACCCUAAGGAGUGCAUGCUCUCACGUGCAGGUGUGUGUGUGUUUCAAUUCACAUGUAAAAACGUGCAGUGUAUGUUGUUUAAGCAAACUGCCCCUCCUAGGUUACACCGAGAGAUUAAUUCAUAAGGAUCAGAGCGAUUAUGCAAAACUAAUUUGGACAGUCCAGGGAUAAUUAUCUCCGUCACGGUUAAUUAAACCCUUUCAACACUAUGUUCUCCAUUGUGACACCCCGAUCACUUCUCUCCACGGAACUUCCUUCUUGGCCCCGAAAAUAACGCGCAAGUGACCUUGUGUUUCAUUUAGUGGGUAGGGGGGGAAGGAAAAAUUUAAAAGAGGCUUUGAGGCCUAUACAUUUUUAUUUCAUAUUAAAAUGUACAUGAUUGUUGUUAUUUUUGUUUUGCCACCAAAUUAAACUGAUAAAUGUGAAAAUUACGAAAUGUGUUUUUUGAAAGAAAGUAGGCUUCAGUGGCUGUGUGAUCAAAACACAGAGAAGGUCGUCAUGUCUGCAAAAGAACUUGCAUUACGAGUUCAGUGGCCAUUUCUUUCUCUUCCUUUGGCCUUUUUUAUUAUAUUCUUCUUUUCUUUUCUUGAGGAAAAAGGGGAAGAAAGCUGAAAGAACUUUUUUUCUCCUGCUCUGGGAGCGUUUAGACGGUCGAGGAGGUUUUGUCUGGGAACAAAACGUGGGUUGGGAG